AUGAAGGACAUCAUCAUUGAUGAGAAAUACCGUGUGGACCGCAAAAUUGGGGAAGGAGGCUUUGGCCUCGUUUACCUGGGCACGGACAUCCGAUCAAAUGAAGAGGUUGCAAUAAAGCUUAUGCACAUUCGAGAUGAAUACGACAUUCUCGAGAGCGAGGCAGAGACAUACAAGGCCUUGUCUGGCGGUGUUGGAAUGCCAAAAUUCUUAUGGUUCGGACAAGAGUGCGAUUACUUUGCCCUAGUCCACGAAAUUCUCGGUCCCUCUCUCGAGGACUUGCUUAACUAUUGUGACCGGCGUUUUUCGCUCAAAACCAUACUCCUCAUUGCGGAUCAGGCCAUUUCUCGAAUCGAGUACAUCCAUUCCAAAGGUCUUCUGCAUCGGGAUAUCAAGCCUGAUAAUUUUCUCUUGGGAGUUGGAAAGCAAGGAAACAUAUUGUACACUAUUGACUUUGGCCUGGCGAAGGAGUACCGCGGCGCGGAGCAGUAUUCGACUCUGGAAGGUCGGGCUCUUUGCGGCACUGCUCGAUACGCCAGCAUCAACAACCAUAAUGGACGCGAACAAUCCUGGAGUGAUGACUUGGAAUCCCUGGGCUAUGUACUCCUCUACUUUGCCCGUGGCUCAUUGCCGUGGCAGGGCAUUAAAGCCGCGUCCGAAAAGGAAAAACUAGAACUUGUCAAACAAUACAAGAAGACUAUAUCAGUGGAAGAGCUUUGCAGUGGGCUUCCAGAGGAAUUCGCCACAUACAUCAACUACACUCGGUCGCUUGGAUUCCAGGACAAGCCAAAUUAUGCAUACCUUCGUCGACUGUUCCGCCGCCUGUUCACGUCAAAGGGCUUCAAGUAUGACAACGUAUUCGAUUGGACCGAGAAAAGAUUUUACGAAUUACGUGAUAAAGCUGGUGAGCCGAUAAGGGAGCAAGAGCCAGACUCAAAUGAUACAUGA